CAGCAACCGGAUCAUCAACAUCAAACCCUUUUGUUUAAUCAAAUCAGACAAUGCGCGCCAGCAGACCGACGAAAGGACACACACAAGGACGCGUCAAGCGAAGAAGCACCGGCAAAAAACUCAUCUGCAUACAGAAUCGCCUAAGGACGAAACGCACACAAACRCACGCACAGAGACGUACAUAUGCAAAGAACUGCCACCACCACCAGCGCCUAGACAGCCGCUGAGCAUCCUUGCUGGCGCUGGCAUUUAUCUAUUUGCCUAGAUAUAUAACCGAUGUGCGCCUGACAGGUGUUUAUGAAGCACAUCCAGUGGGAUAAAAUUAUAAAUUUUUAUUACGUUCGCCACAAGUCCACUAUAUAUAAAAAUGGGUUUAAAUUUAAAGACUACGUUAGUGGUCUGUUUGACGUUGCUUAAUUUACCGUUUGGCAUACAUAGCCAAGAUGACUCUUUGGCGGGAAGUUUUCUAUCGGGUCUCUUGGACACCAUAACAAGUACAGCCGAUUCGAAGGAUUGCCCCGGUGUUUGUGUACACACACUAGCCACACUCAUCUGCUACGAAGUGCUCGAUGACAUCCCUUGCCCAUCGCCUAGCAUGAAGUGUUGUAUUGAAAGCGCACAGGGUAAAAACAUUACAUCGGCCCACACCAGUACAACUACAACAACGACAACAACCACAACCACUAGUACAACAAAGCGUCCAACCACUACAACAACUAAAGUGACAACCACAACGACGCCGAAACCGAAGACCACUUCCAAACGACCAACCACAACCACAACUACAACAACAACCACUAAGAAAACCACAACCAGCAAGAAACCGACAACAACCAGCACAUUGGCGCCCAAAAAGGGUACAGAAAAAGAUGCGRGCAAUAUUGACGGCGCAAAAGUGCAAAACUGUACGGGUGUUUGUGUGGCCGACCGCAUUGCUGAGUACUGCGAGGCCUACUUAACGACCAACGGUCUGUGUGCAUCGGGCACGAAGUGUUGCGUCUCGCUGAACGAUUACGCGAACGCCAAAUUGCCGAAGGAUAUCUAUGUGCCAGCCAAACACAUGACGAAUCUGAGCAACAUGCAACACAAAAACAAGACAAGUACCACUAUUAAGCAAACAACAACAAAGACAACAGCUUCCGCUGCCACAACAACAAGCACGACUACCACCACUGCCGAGCCGGCGCGCACCAAAAUCAAUAACAAUACGAACGCCAAUAAACCGGUGAAGCACAAAAAGGCGCCAUCCACCACAACCACCACCACGACCGAAGAUCCCGCCGAAGAAGAACAAGAAGUGGAGGACGAUGACGCGGAAACGCAAGAUGACACCAACAAUGAUGCCAAUGAUAAAGCGGAUAACCCAAAUGGUCAAACGCUGAAGGAGUGCGAAGGCGAAUGCAUGAAUGGCAUAUUCGCCAUUUUCUGUGAUGACAUCGACUCGGAGGCUUUCUGUCCCGGUGAAGGCAGCUGUUGUGUUACCGGCGUAGGUUCAGAGGCUACGCCAGCAUUGCAGGCGACCAAGGUGACACCAACCAAACCUGCAACGAAAAUUGCAAAACCACAACAACGACCGGCAGCGAAGCCAGCAGCACCAACACAAGCUGCCCCACCGUUACUGCAAGCUGUCGGCGGUGGUAAUGAUUUCUUCUCACAAAUACUUUCGUUCGCCGAAAAUACACUCGGUGGCACAGGCAGUCAGCCAACACCACAGACACCGCCACCAGUACAACGUUGUCCCGGCUUUUGCUUACUUAAUAUAAUGGCCGCUUUCUGCGAACGUCCAUCGGUACUCAUCAAUACACCAACCACUUGCGCCAAGGGCUCAGUGUGCUGUGACAAUAGCGCUUCGCCGCCAAAGCCUCCACCGCAAAAUAGGCGCCCAGCUACGCCACCACCUAGUUCAGUGGCUACACAGCCUUAUGUUGUACCCAGUACACCAUUGCCCGAUCCGCGUGAAGAGUGUCCGGGAUCCUGCAUUGUACCGUUGCUCAGCUUCACUUGCUUCAAAAACGCCGAGAUGACGGAUCUAUUCAAGUGCAAACGUUCCGGCCAAAUUUGCUGCGCACCCAAGAGUCGCAUACUCGAGAAACAACAAUUCCAGACACGCAAUGAUACACUUUAUGCCAACUAUCCACCGCCACCACCAAUGGCUGGCUUACCACAACCAUACCCACCGCAACCAUCAUACCCUCAACCUCCACCACCGCCACACUACAUGGUGACACAACCGCCACAGGCACAUCUUCACUACCCACCACCGCCGCCGCCACAAAUAUUGCAGCAACAACAUCAAUCUCCUCCACAACAACCCACAUAUGAUUACUCUCAUUACGGCACCGCCUUGAUGCCGCAAAAGCAGUCGCAUCUACCACCACCACCGCCACCAGGACCGGCACUCCCACCCACCACCACAACGAGCACUACCACGACCACCACCACAACAACACGCCCACACGUCUACUCGAAAUAUGUUUGCGGCGUCAAGGGCACGUUACGCAAUGGCCGUUCGCGUUCCUCGCCGGCCCUCUCGUUGGUCUCCUACGCACGCGCCAUGUAUGGUGUACAACGUUCCUCGCGACAGCUAGACCAGGUGUAUACACCAUUGAAUACGCAAUUGAACAAAUCAAAUGAACGCCUCAUAUUGGGAUCAGCGAUUGUGCCCAUACAAAUACACAAUGAUCUGAUACCGAGCGAUGAGUGGCCGGAUGCGAACCAGCUGCGUUCAUACCACGAGCAACAACCGAUUUCGGCGGCAGCUGUGCAAAGCCGUUACCGCCAUUCAGUGGCCGGUGAGCCAGUCUAUGCGAUGAAUUACAAUGUCUCGAGACGGCGUGCGCGUGUUGUUGGCGGUGAGGAUGGCGACAACGGCGAAUGGUGUUGGCAAGUGGCGCUGAUUAACUCGUUGAAUCAGUAUUUGUGUGGAGCCGCUUUGAUCGGUACGCAGUGGGUGCUGACGGCGGCACAUUGUGUCACAAAUAUCGUACGUUCUGGUGACGCCAUUUACGUCCGAGUUGGCGACUAUGAUUUGACUCGCAAAUAUGGUAGUCCCGGCGCGCAGACCUUACGUGUGGCAACCACGUACAUACAUCACAAUCACAAUAGUCAAACACUGGAUAACGAUAUAGCGCUUUUAAAAUUGCACGGACAGGCAGAGCUACGAGAUGGCGUGUGCUUAGUUUGCUUGCCAGCGCGUGGCGUCAAUCAUGCUGCUGGUAAACGUUGCACAGUCACCGGUUACGGUUAUAUGGGUGAAGCCGGUCCCAUUCCGCUGCGCGUGCGUGAAGCUGAGAUACCUAUUGUGAGCGAUGCAGAGUGCAUACGUAAGGUCAAUGCGGUCACCGAGAAAAUAUUCAUACUGCCCGCUUCAAGCUUCUGCGCCGGCGGUGAGGAGGGCAACGACGCCUGCCAAGGAGAUGGCGGCGGUCCGCUGGUAUGCCAAGAUGAUGGCUUCUUUGAACUGGCUGGCCUGGUGUCGUGGGGCUUCGGCUGUGGACGCGUCGAUGUGCCGGGUGUUUAUGUGAAGGUCUCCUCCUUCAUCGGCUGGAUCAAUCAAAUUAUCAGCGUCAAUAAUUUAUAGUCAUAUAAGUUGGAAAUGGAUGUAAAGAAUAUCGCAUGACUUGAAAUUUGAAAUAUGAAAUUUAGUUAUUAAAUAGCAAAUAAUUAAGUAUUUUAUAAUGAAUGUAUGACUAGUGCGAAUCCACACACUUGUAAAAAGCUCUCCGCGCUAUUGCUCGAGUCUUCUACGAAUGUGUGGUUCAUUUAAGUUUAAAGUUGCAUACAUAU